GAACCCCCCAUGCUCUCUCUACAUAGAGAUAUUUCUCGAUAGUAUAAAUCUUAAUGGAAAAUAUCUUUCGAUAUUAUAAAUUUUAUCAGAAGAUAUUUUCUUAGGUUCAAGGUUCAAUUAUCAGAAAAUAUUUUCUGAUAAUGUAAGUAAUGCCGAAAGGGAAGUGAAAAACAACCAUCUAAUUUAAAUUAAAUAAAUACAAAGUAUAAGCUAUAAAAAAAAAUCAUAAUUGGGCCAAGAAGCCCAAGUAUUGAACUUCAUCUUCUUCAAAGCAUUUCUUUCUGUUAACUGUUACCACCAAACAUAACAGAAAGAUAAACCCUAGCAAUUGUAGCCAUAGCCAUGAACUCAUUCAACUGGAAGCUUCUUCGCAGAAUCGCCAUUGAUAUCCGAACCAUAAACAACAGAUCAUACUACACAAGCAGGACAAAGAAACCGAGUCUCUACUCCAAAAUCAGUCCACUCGGAAAUCCAACCACAAGCGUCGUUCCACAGCUCGACGAUUGGGUCUACAAAGGGAACAAGGUCAGCGUUGGGGAGCUUCAGCGCAUUGUUCGUGAUCUUCGCAAACGUAGUAGAUUCUCUCAAGCUCUCCAGGUAUCUGAGUGGAUGAAUAAGAAUGGUGUGUGCAUAUUUUCUCCGGUUGAACAUGCGGUGCAUUUGGAUCUUAUUGGCAAGGUUCACGGAUUUGUUUCUGCAGAAACCUAUUUUAAUAAUUUGAAAGAUAUAGACAGAAAUGAGAAGACAUAUGGUGCUCUUUUGAAUUGCUAUGUACGUCAGCGCCAAAUCGAUAAGUCUCUAUCCCAUUUGCAGAAAAUGAAAGAGUUGGGGUUUGCUUCGACGGCUUUAACUUAUAAUGGCAUUAUGUGUCUGUACACAAAUAUCGGACAGCACGAGAAUAUUGCUGGUGUGCUGACUGAGAUGAAGGAAAACAAUGUUUUACCGGACAACUUUAGCUACAGAAUCUGUUUAAAUUCUUAUGGUGUGAGGUCUGAUAUUGAUGGAAUGACGAAAAUACUGAAAGAGAUGGAGAGUCAACCACACAUUGAGAUGGACUGGAACACUUAUUCUGUCAUGGCCAAUUUCUAUAUAAAAGCAGAACUUUCAAGUGAGGCAGUUAAUGCUCUAAGGAAAUGUGAGGAGAGGCUAGUUCACAAAGAUGGAGAGGGUUACAAUCAUCUUAUCUCUCUUUACGCUCGUCUUGGAAAAAAGAAUGCGGUCCUGCGACUAUGGGAUAUGGAGAAAAGUGCUUGCAAGAGAUGCAUAAACAGGGAUUUUAUAACCAUGUUAGAAUCUCUGGUAAAGCUUUCUGAGUUUGAUGAAGCUGACAAGAUACUCAAGGAGUGGGAAUCCUCUGGUAACUGUUAUGAUUUUGGAGUUCCAAAUGUGGUAAUUGUUGGGUACUCUGAAAAAGAUUUUCCUGAAAAAGCAGAAGCCAUACUUGAAGAUUUACGGAAGAAGGGAAAGGCCACUGACCCAAACUCUUGGGUUCUAGUGGCAAGUCGAUACUUGCAUAAGGGUGAGAUGGAGAAAGCAUUUGGGUGCUUGAAAAUUGCCCUCCCUUUGUAUUCGGGAAAUAAAAAAUUGAAGCCUAACCACAGGGUGAUUGCGGCUCUAUAUAGUUGGAUUGCUGAUAAUGCUUGUGUUGAAGAUGCAGAAGCUUUGGUUAGCUUAUUGAGAAAUGUCCAAAACAAUAGACACAUGUAUUAUGCCCUGACCAAGGCUUAUGUGCGAGCUGGUAAAGAAGUGGAGGGGGUCUUGGAACGAAUGAAAACAGAUAACAUUAACGAAACUGGAAAAAUUAAAGAAAUUCUGGACAUGAGGAAGGCAGGAAAGUUGUAAACAUACUUUCACAUUAUAUUCUUGGGCGGCUUCUAGCAUUCCAGACUCAUUCAUGUUUCGCAUGGUGCAUGACUAAUUUUAGUCCUCGGAUUACUGGCUUUUUCAUGAUAUUGUGGUGCACCUUCCACACCUGAUAACUCAUUUCUCAACCAAACCCAAGUUCUAUAGUUCAACACCAUUCCUCUCUUCAUGGUGAAACCACAUUUGUUAAUGGUACAACGAUCUGCAGCAAACAUUACAAACCCGGAUAAUUAGAUAUAGAGAGCUCGCAUACGCCGAGGAAUAGAGUAUCAAAGGAAAAAGAAGCAAGGAAAGGCAGAGAGAAGGGUCAAACCGCAUUGCACACCUUAGAUAUAUUCUUGUUUGGCUGAAUCCAAUAAUUCCCUUCCUAUCACUGCAUUGCAAAGUUCUGUGUACAAGCCAUUUAUUCGUGAUUUUCUCAAGAAGACCUUAGAUAGAAAACUAAAGAGAGUGACAUCAGUGUAACCAUUUGAGGCAUGUUUUGAUUCAACUAGCAUUGAAAAUUCUGUGCCAAGAAUUGAUCUUGAGCUUCAAGGGGGAGUGCAGUGGACUAUUCAUGAAACCAAUGUGAUGGUUAAUGUAAAGAAGACUGUAGCAUGUUUGGCAUUUGUUGAUGGAGGGACAGAGCUAAGAAUGUUGUUCACAAAAGCUUCAAUUGUUAUUGGUGGACAUCAAUUGGAGGACAAUCUUUUGGUGUUUGAUUUAGCUUCUUCAAAAUUGAGCUUAGUUCCUCACUUUUGGUCCACAAUGCAAGCUGUUCCUAAUCAUACUCUUGAAUUAUUGGCAUAGGUUUUGUUUGUUUCAAACCUCUAGUUAGAGAUUUUGUUAAGAAGGCUAGUGAUAAAAAUAUAUAGAAAGUUGCAUCAGUGGUACCAUUUGUAGAAUGUUUUGAUGGAUUUGGAUUGUGUGGGUGUGACAACACACAAUCAACCCAUCUAGACCGUUUAAUUAAGAUUUGAUGUUUUAGAUUUCAAUAAAAAAAUUACUUUCUUUUUAAUCUAAACAAGUUUGAAAUUAGAAUCAUUCGAUCUUAAUUAAACAGUUUAAAUAUAACAAAUUGCAUACAGUGACAACGGAUUGUGACUACACACAACCUAAAUACUUAUUUGAUUUGUGUUUAUCUAAUGGGAAACAAUUUGAAUAACUUAAAAAUGAAAGUACAUAAAUCAUCAAAAUAAAUUGUUCCAGCCACAAUCUAUCAAAGGUCUUCAACAACAAACCCCCAAUACAAUAUACUGUAUAUAUCAUUGGUCAAAUUGUUACAAAAAAAAA